CCCCCCGCACUACAACUCCCGGGGAGCCCUGCGCGCGCGUCACGCGCCCGCGCCGGGACGAGCUGAGCGGAGCUCGGUUAGAUCGAGUCUGGCUGAGCCGCACCGGGACGGGCCCCGCGCCGCCGCCAUGCAGAUGACCUUCUAUUUCUCGGACACGGCCGUGCUGCUUUUUGAUUUCUGGAGCGUCCACACUCCUGCAGGGAUGGCUCUCUCAGUGCUGGUGAUCCUGCUGCUGUCCGUGCUCUACGAAGCCAUCAAGAUGGGCAAAGCCGUGUUGCUGCGGCAGGCGCUGCUGGCGCUGCCCCGCAGCCUCAGCCGGGAGUCGCUGGUGGAGCCAGAGGAGACGGACACCAGCCCCCCCGAGGGCAGGUGGUUUCAGUACCACGUCGCCCAGACGCUAUUCCACGUGAUGCAGGUGGUGCUGGGCUACAUGGUGAUGUUGGCCGUCAUGUCCUACAAUGCCUGGAUCUUCCUGGGGGCCAUUGUGGGUUCCACGCUGGGCUAUUUCGUGGUGUACCCCCUGCUCGGCCGGGGCUAGGCAGCCUCCCAUGGGACAGUGGGCGAUGUGCUCUGCACCUCCUGCUACUUUGUCUGGAAUAGCUGCUGUCACUUCUGCUGGGUCUGUCCUUGUUCCCAUGCUGUGCGGGACGCAGCAGCCCAGGGACUCGCUGUCGGGACCCUCGGUGCUGGCGCUGGGGAAGGGCAGUCCCAUGGCCAGUGCUUUGUCACACUGCCGCCAUCCUCGGCAGGUGGCUGUCCCCACAGCUCUCAGGGAGCUUUAUCUGGGUGAUUCCCCAUCGCUGGAGACAUCCCAGGCCAGGCUGGACGGGGCUCGGAGCAACCUGAGCUGGUGAAGAUGUCCCUGCUCAUGGCAGGGGUGGCACUGGAUGAGCUGGGAAGGUCCCUUCAACCCAUACUAACUAUUAUUUCCUUUGUGCCCCCACUUUUUUUACGGAGCUCAUCCUGGCUGACACAGUGGGGACAGGUACCCCUGCCCAGAGCUGCCCUGCACCAAGCCCCUCUUCACACAGUGCCUUCUGGGGAUAACGGGGGUCCUGCUGCCCCCCCAGGCCCCUUCUCCUGUGCAAUGCUUCAGGGAUGGGGUUGGAGAAGCCCCCCAGCCAUUGGCAUGGCUAUGCCGAGGAGAGGCUCCUGCUGCGGGUACCUCUUGCUGCUUCCUUGGGACACCCCUUUUAAUAAAAUCAUGUCGGUCAUUCGGCUCCUGGUGUGUGAUGGUGCAGGGUAGGCCUAGGAUGUGACGCCUCCCAGGUCCCCCAGCCCUACCCCCCUUCAGGAGGGUGGUUCAGGAGUAAGAAGAGUCUCCUCUGGCUUUAAAUAAAGCUUUUCCAUUUUAUUAA